GCGGGAUCGGCACCCUGGCACCGGCGCCCCCGAGACUAUAGCCGGCAUUUUCCCUGGGCUCGCCAUGGAGCCCUUCUGCCCGCUCCUGCUGGCAGGCGUUAGCUUGCCGCUGGCCAAGGCGUUCACGGUCAACGAGACGACCCCAGCGGACAGCAACUGGACCUCCACGACCUCGGGCCCCCCGGCCGCCGGCCCCCGGCCCCUGCUGGCCUGGCUGCCGCUGCCCCUGCUGCUCCUCCUCUUCCUGCUGCUGGCCGCCUACUUCUGCAGGUUCAGGAAGCACAGGAAGGCCACGGUCAGCGCCAACGACAAGAAGAUGCCCAACGGGAUCCUGGAGGAGCAAGAGCAGCAGAGAGUGAUGCUUCUCAGCAGGUCGCCCUCCGGGCCCAAGAAGUACUUUCCCAUCCCCGUGGGGCAGCUGGAGGAGGAGGUCCGGGUCCGGUCGGCGGACGAGUGUAAGCGGUUCCGGGAGGAGUUCACUGCGCUGCCGUCUGGACACACUCAAGGGACUUUUGAGCAGGCCAAUAAAGAAGAAAACAGAGAGAAAAACAGAUACCCCAACAUCCUUCCCAACGAUCAUACCAGGGUGGUUUUGAGCCAAGUGGACGGGAUACCCUGUUCAGACUACAUCAACGCUUCCUACAUCGACGGUUACAAGGAGAAGAAUAAAUUCAUAGCAGCUCAAGGCCCUAAACAGGAGACAGUGAAUGACUUCUGGAGGAUGAUCUGGGAACAGAAGACUGCGACCAUCGUCAUGCUGACGAACCUGAAAGAGAGGAAAGAGGAGAAGUGCUGUCAGUACUGGCCGGACCAAGGCUGCUGGACCUACGGACAUAUCCGGGUCUGCGUGGAGGACUACAUGGUCCUGGUGGACUACACCAUCCGCAAGUUCUGCGUCCAGUCGCAGCUCCCGGAUGGCUGCAAAGCCCCGCGGCUCGUGUGCCAACUGCACUUCACCAGCUGGCCGGACUUCGGGGUGCCUUUCACCCCCAUUGGGAUGCUCAAGUUCCUGAAGAAAGUGAGGACGCUCAACCCCGCGCACGCUGGGCCCAUCGUGGUCCACUGCAGCGCGGGUGUGGGCCGCACGGGCACCUUCAUCGUCAUCGACGCCAUGAUGGACAUGAUGCACGCAGAGCAGAAGGUGGACGUCUUCGAGUUCGUGGCGAGGAUCCGCAACCAGCGCCCGCAGAUGGUGCAGACAGACACGCAGUACACGUUCAUUUACCAAGCCUUGCUGGAGUACUACCUCUACGGCGACACCGAGCUGGACGUGUCCUCCCUGGAGAAGCACCUGCAGACGCUGCAGGGCACCAGCAGCCGCUUCAACAAGAUCGGCCUGGAGGAGGAGUUCCGCAAGCUGACCAACGUCCGGAUCAUGAAGGAGAACAUGAGGACGGGCAACCUGCCGGCGAACAUGAAGAAGGCCAGGGUCAUCCAGAUCAUCCCGUAUGACUUCAACCGCGUAAUCCUGUCCAUGAAGCGCGGCCAGGAGUACACGGACUACAUCAACGCGUCCUUUAUCGACGGCUACCGACAGAAGGACCACUUCAUCGCCACGCAGGGACCCCUGGCGCACACAGUGGAGGACUUCUGGAGGAUGGUCUGGGAGUGGAAGUGCCACACGAUCGUGAUGCUGACCGAGGUCCAGGAGAGAGAGCAGGAUAAGUGCUGCCAGUACUGGCCGACAGAGGGCUCAGUGACUCACGGAGACAUUACGAUUGAAAUAAAGAGUGACACCCUCUCUGAAGCCAUCAGCGUACGCGACUUCCUGGUCACCUGCCGCCAGCCGCUGGCCCGCCAGGAGGAUCAGACCCGCGUGGUUCGCCAGUUCCACUUCCACGGCUGGCCCGAGAUCGGGAUCCCGGCGGAGGGGAAAGGCAUGAUCGACCUCAUCGCGGCUGUGCAGAAGCAGCAGCAGCAGACAGGCAACCACCCCAUCACCGUGCACUGCAGCGCGGGCGCCGGGCGGACAGGUACAUUCAUAGCGCUCAGCAAUAUCCUGGAGCGGGUGAAAGCGGAGGGACUCCUCGACGUGUUCCAAGCUGUGAAGAGUUUACGACUCCAGAGGCCGCAUAUGGUGCAGACCUUGGAACAGUAUGAAUUCUGCUACAAAGUGGUACAAGAUUUUAUUGAUAUAUUUUCUGAUUAUGCUAAUUUUAAAUGAAAAUUCCUGCCUUAAGAUAUUUUUUAAUUUAAUGGUCAGUAUAUUUUGUAAAAAUUGUUAAUUUAUUUCAUAGUUGACAUUAAUAUCCUUUCUAAUUUCUUUGUAUAUAUUUUGUUAUGCUUUAAGGCCACCUGCUAUAAAGUUAUUUCAUCUUAAAUGCCCCCUUUUAAAAACUGGAAUAAUGUAUUAGGGUCAAAUAAUAUCCCAUAAAAUAUAUAUUUCUGCUAAUAUCAGUAAAUAUUUUAAUUUCUCAUUAGAUUCAUAUCAUCUAAUUUCUCACACUCAGCACCUCCAAGUGUUAGAGAUCUUAAUAUACCAAGUGUGCUUAUGCAGAAUACUAAACUAACAACAUUCAUUAGAAAACAGUCGAGGACUCAGAAAUCAGUUGAAAAUUCACUUUCUUAACACUGAUUUUUUCAGCCCUGAGCAGCAGCAUUUUUUUUUAAAGGCAAACAGCUCCUGAAGGUAAAGGGGUUUGUUUACCUUCACAUUUUAAAGAUCAAAGAAGACUUUGCAGCCUGAAUCCAGGUCUGAGACACAUCAGAGUAGCUGGUGACUGUACCGUGAGACUUAAAUACGCAUUUAUCCGAGGCCGUGCCCAUGCCACCCGUGACUAGGUGACAGGAGAUGCCUGUGCACUCAACUCCACCCAUAGCGUUGAGUGCAGCGAAAGCGGCCAUCGGAGCGGCACGCCCACAGCGCCACCUGCUGUCCGUCCGCCUGUAUGUGUGACUCAGGUGAAACCCACUGAGAACCAAACCAACUGCGUUUCUCAUUUGCCUCCCAUUGGCUGCAGCUGCCCAGCGCCGUUGGCAGGUGUCCCAGGACUCAACCUCAAACCGCUUCCCAUCCCAAAAGUUCAGUUAAAGCCCAGAGUCCGACACCCACAGAAGCAAGGAGCACACGCUUGGUAGAAAGCAGGACCGCAGGCGAUGGUGCCAUCAACUUUCCCAGAGGCAUUUUGGUACUUUAAGGCCUCUUGCAAAAGCUAAGACUGUUUGUACUAAAAGAAAUCUUCAAAUCUAGAUUUAUACAAUUUUUUAAAAGUCCCGCUCCUCAAUAUUUAAUUAAAGAAAAGAAAGAGAAUUCCUUAAUGCAAAGGCUAACUUAUUUUUAGAUGGAAAUACUACUGAGACCUUGCACACUUGAUACUAAUGAUUGGACAGCCAUGUAGGAUUGGUUGGGGGGUAGGAACGGGGAGGGAUGGAUGUAGGGAAGUUUAAUUUAGUGACAGUGACAUUUGCACGGCUGUUCGGUACCUAGCAGACAAGCACAAUGUAAAGAAGAAGACACCUGGUCUAAACUACUGAAAGCGUUUCACGUGUGCAUUUUUGGUACAUUAUUUGCUUUUGAAAAGACAUACAAAGGCCUUCUUUGACAUUUCCACUGAAAACUGAUUGCACUGCUCCUCCCGCGCUCAGUGUCCGUGAGCACGAGGCGCCCCGAGCUAGGCUGCGUCUUCACGACGGCUCCCAGGUAACCCGGCCUGUGCCUCUCCUCUGAGCCGCUCCCAAGGGCCGGAGCAGGCGCCCAGGUGGAAAGAGAAAAGCACAACUUUGGGCCGGCUGCCCCCGGCCACCCGCAGCCCUGAGCUGGGCACUCCUGGCCGGCUGAGUGCGAUCCUUCCUCCUCGCCCAUGCAGUGUGUCCACACUUGGGGCCAAGAGGAAAGCGCGCGGAGCUUUGCGAGACAUGCCCAUGGACCCCAUUUGUUUUCUUUGUUAAAAGUCCAAACCCGGAGCCUUUCUUUGACUAAAGGGGAAGAGAGACAGUGGAGAUUUCAUUCAGCACCAAUCCUAGAAUCAGAACUGGCGGGUUGUGAUGAAGGCUACUAGUCAUUUAUUGGAGGGGUCAAGGUCAAAGUCACAGCCCUCCUCAGAUCGCCCCACGCCCUGUAACGGUCUCCCUGGCCUCUGCUGGGCGGAGAUGAAGACCUCCCCGGGGCGCCCUCGGGCAGGCGCCCCGCCGGUGCGGUCUCUGGCCCCCUGGGCCAUCCCCGCUCUCCGCUGCAAGUGUCCUGGCGCCUCAUAGGCCCUCCCAGUUCCAGAAUUAAAGCAGAGGCCACUGUCCCUUGGACACAGGCUCCCUCCCCAGGCGGGGGCAGCCCUUGCCUUAGGGGAGGCCCCGUAACUGCAGCCCCGCGCCCCGCCAAGGCUCACCGACGGUCCCGGUGAGCGCACCGAGGGCCGCCUGGACGCUGAGCUCUCCUUCCCUUGCUGUCAAAGUCCACUGUACAUAAGACAGCGCCGCGCUGACCUCGGGGCCUCAUGUCUUUCCGUGUUGCAUGCAGUCGUAUUCCAACGCCAAAUAGUGAUCGGAAGACUGCUGUUCUGGUCCGUGUGCUUUAUCGGUCACCGUGUGACCGCCUUUACGCUCUCCACGUGCUAACGAAGAAUGCAUUCCAGUGUUUGAAGAGGUAUUUUUACGUGUUUUUAAAAACAUUGAAAAAUGAGCCUGACAUCUGUUUCAGUAUUUGGAGACACACCCACAUUUUUUUUUAAAUGUCUGAUUAUCGAUACUUUUGUUCAACUAAAUCAUGUUUAAUUUAUGUGCAAUCUUUAUAUGUAUGUACUCAGUUUCGACUGUCAUGCUUUCUUUUACUACAUUUAUAAUUUGAUCUCGCUCUGAUUAUAAUGCCAGUGAAUGUUGCAGAAUUCUUUGUAUAUGCAAAUUGCAAGGUCUACCAUUCUGA